UGGAUCAGACAUUCUUCUGCAGAGGAUUCAUCAACAGCCAACAAGACAGCUUCACAAGGUCUAAAGUCAGUGAGGGAGAUGGCCACUAACUCUUUCAAUCCAAUCAAAACAACUGCUGCACCUGAUGGAAAUGGCUCUGAGAAUAGUGGCAGUAAUGGUAAUGGUGGGCUCAACAUCAUGUCUCUUAUAAUUUAUUCUCUGGCCUUUGUCCUCGGUGUGCUCGGGAAUGGAGUGGUUAUCUGGGUGACCGGGUUUAAGAUGAAGAAAACUGUUAACACAGUUUGGUACCUCAAUCUUGCUGUGGCUGACUUCGUCUUCACUGCAUUUUUGCCCCUGAGUGUGACUUACACAGCUUUGGAUUUCCACUGGCCUUUUGGCAAGUUCAUGUGCAAGCUGAACAGCACCAUCAGCUCUCUGAACAUGUUUGCCAGUGUCUACAUUCUGGUGGUGAUCAGUGUGGACAGAUGUGUGUCUGUGGUGUGGCCCGUGUGUGCUCAGAACCACCGAAAUGUACGCAGAGCAUCCUAUGUGAGUCUGUGUGUUUGGGUGGUGGCUUUGAUUCUCAGUGCUCCAUACUUCAUCUUCAGGGACACUGAGAAAAGGUCUGAAAACCAAAUCCUCUGUUUCAACAACUAUGCUCUUUCUGAUAACUAUACAGCACCAUCUGUAAUUCAGUUAAACAAAUUUCGUCAUCUAGCCAUGACUAUCACUCGUCUCUUCCUGGGAUUUGCAGUUCCCUUCACUGUCAUUGUCUCCUGUUAUGCUGUCAUCAUCCAUCAUCUGAGGAGAAACCGCACCAUGGCCAGCCAAUCAACACGCACGUUUAAAAUUGUCACUGCUGUUAUUGUCACUUUUUUCCUGUGUUGGGCUCCCUUUUACAUAAUUGGUGUAAUUGAACUAGUGAAAUUCACGUCUGCUACUCACAACAAAACAUUAGACCUUGUCACACAUGUCGGGAUGCCUCUGGCCACCAGUCUGGCCUUUCUCAACAGCUGCUUCAAUCCACUGCUGUAUGUGUUCAUGGGCCAUGAUUUUAAGGACAAAGUCCGCAAAUCUAUCCGAAAUGUUUUGGAGACUGUCUUCCAGGAAGAGGAGACACGCACUCGCACUUACACAGGGUCAGUGGUCACCAGUCAAAGCAAAAAUAGCUCAGAUUUGAAUACUGAGGUAUAAGAAACCAAAUAAUUAAACUGUAAAUGGCAGACAAUUGUGACAUCUUAAAAUGAUUCUAAAUGUUUAAAAAAAUAUCUCAAAAUGCUUUGGGGCUUUUUUACUAGCCAUAGCAUUAAUCUGAUACAUGACUGGUGUAUGUGUUCGAAUCAGAGCAGUGCAUUCAGCUUGCUUUUUUUAUAGAACUAAAAGCAGUUAUACAAUGCCAUUUUCUUGAGAAAAGAAUCAAUCAUUGUUUUCAAAAUCAGGAUUACAUUUCUUUCUGAUUGAGGCUGUGUUACACAACCAGUAACAUGUGGUUUACAUUUGGAUACAUGACAGUUUCCACAGCUGAAGAUAUGAUUUAAGUUAGCAAGUUAAAUGUUCCAAGUAUAACUAAUUUUCAUUUUCAUUAAAUAAAUCAGCCUGUAAUGUUCAUGAAAUGUAUUUAUUUCUUUAACAUUCAUUUAUUUGUUUAACAAUGAAGUCUGUGAUAUUUCUUGUUAUAUAUGACAACAGUGGUAUAAUCGGAGGUGGCCAAAGUACAGACAUUCUGUACUUAAAUAGAAGUACAUAUACUUCUGCUAAAUAAUAAAAGUUAAAGUUAAUAAAAGUUGAAAUACUGAAUCAACUUCUAUAAUCAAGUAAAAGAGAAAAGGUACCGGCUUCUUACUAAGUGUAAGAAAAUGAUAACAAGUGGUUUACAUUUGGAUACAUGACAGUUAAACUUUGAAGGAAAAUUUAACCGUGAAAAGGUAACUGAAACUUUUGCUAUAUUAAUAUGACAAUAAAGUAAUAUUAGUAUAUGAAAAUGCAAAUUUUUCAAAUCUAAAUUCUAACUCUAACAAAUGUACUCACCUUGAAUCUGUUAUUUAGGACACAGGCAGUGAAAGGGAACACAAUGUUAGUAUACUUAUUUUGUUUUGCAGGACAUUUUGCUUUAAAUCAAACUUCUCUUCUUCCUCUCUUGUCUUUCUUACGUCUUCCUCCAUCCCAGAGUGAACUUCCCCUUUCUCUCCUGUGAAAAACAGCAGCUGGACCUUUAGCUAGUAAACACCCUGUACAAAAAACUGUAAACAAACAGUUUGUGUUUGGUAAUGUUUGUUAAGCCGAUAAAAGUGUUGCAUUUGAAAUUGUGCGACAGUUUAAAAACGUUACUUCCUCUAUGCGCGCUUCUGUUCUGUAGCUCUUUAGCACUAGUUAAAUGCUAUAAAGUAUGGAGGCCACAACUUAAGGACACUUGUACUCGCUCUGCCCACUUUAACCCCAGGGUACGAAUGCUAUAAAUGACAAUCCUGUACCAAAAGUAAUGAGCCUGUAGUUAAAACGUAGUAGAAGGAGUAGAGAGUACAGAUAUUUGUGUAAAAAUGUAGUAAAAUAUAAAAAAUAAAUAUUGAAGUACAGACACCUGAAAAUUCUACUUACAUAAAUAAGAAAUAUUUGUACUUCAUUACUUACAUUAAUUAAUUUUCAUAAUUUAUUAUUUACAACAGAGUGUAAAAUAUGAGUUUAUAAUGUUUAUAAGAUGUGUUUACCCUGUGAAAAAAAUAGGCUCCCACACAUAGUUGCCAUUAGAUUCAUGAAACAUUUGCUUUGGACAGGUUUG